UGCAUGUUUUAGGACACACACCGCUUAACGCCACCAUUCGAAAGCUCUCCCCUUUCACUCCUCUGACCCCUCCAGAGGAUUAGAAGCGUUGCGUCUCUAGGGUUUAUCUAGGGUUCGUUCUUCUUCUCUAUACGAGAAGAAGAAGAAGAACAACAAAUGGCUACCGUUGUUGGAUUAACCGAUCUUGCGACAUCACUCAUCGAUGCUGGAAACAGACUUCUUAAGCCUCCUUCUUCAACCGACCAGCUUCUUGCUCUUCUCGAUGAAACUGAGUCACUGCUUAGAGAUGUGGGGCAAGACCAACCCUUGUCGAUGCAACACGCUCUGACUCCUUCCAAGAACGCUCUGGUGCAGAGAGAACUCUUGGCCCAUCCUGAUUCCGAUGUUAGGGUUUCGCUCGCGUCCUGCUUAACCCAAAUCGUGAGGGUAGCUGCUCCUCAAGCUCCUUACGGUGAUGAUCAAAUGAAGGAGAUCUUCAGGUUGACUGUAGAAGCUUUUGAGAAGUUAGCUGAUGAUGCAUCCUUCUCCUCUCGCAGCUAUGGGAAAGCCGAGUUUGUUCUUGAUGCUAUGUCAAGGCUCAAUUCUUGCUUGGUCAUGUUGGACUUGGAGUGCCAUGACCUCGUUCUACAAAUGUUCCGCAUCUUCUUGAGAAUCAUAAGAUCUGAUCAUCCCUCGGUGGUGCCUUCAUCGAUGGAAAUGAUAAUGAUUACAGUAAUAGAUGAAACCGAUGAAGUAUCCACUGAUCUGCUUGAUACUCUAUUAACUAGUGUCAAAAAGGAAAAGCAGAAUGUUUCACCAAUGUCUUGGAGUCUUGCGGAGAAGGUUCUUACUAGAUGCGCUCGUACACUUCAACCAUACAUCAUCAAAGCUUUCAAGUCUACAGGGACCAGCUUGGAUUUGUAUUCUCCAGUUGUUUCCUCUAUAUGCCAGACUGUUUUUGAAGCUCCUAAAGUCCACAAUGCAGUUAAUAACACCAAGGAAAAUGAGGAUAAAGUGGGUGGUUCCAAGAGACCUCCGAGAGAAGGAACAAUACGAAUCAGUUCGAAUGACAGAGUAAGAAAGGGAAACAACAGUUGGAGUUUGUCGAAACAUAGUCUGAAGCAAGAAGUGAAGUCUGAAGGUAUAGAUGAUGGAGAAACAGAUUUAAGGAUUACAGGGAAGAGAGGAAGGAAACCCAAUUCUUUGAUGAAUCCUGAGGAAGGUUAUGACGUUUCUUGGCUUUCAGGGAAAAAGCCUAGAAGAGCAUCAUCGUUAUCACUUGGAAAGGUGGCUGCCAAGAAAACACCUCCGUCUCUGACUGGUUCAGUUAAACGAAGCCGGGUUAGUAUUGGUGAGAGUGAUCAUGAUUCAGAUGAAGAAGCAGAUCAGGAGAGAGAUGAAGUAUCAGAAGAAGAAGAUGACAGUAAGAUUAAAAAUUCAAGCAAGAAGAAGAAGAAGGUUGUGAGCUCCAGCGGAAAAGGAUCAUCAGCUCGCACAUAUACUAAGAAGAAGAAUAAGUCUUACACAGAUGACUUUGCCGAGAGUUUGGUCGGUCAGAGAGUUAAUAUCUGGUGGCCGCUUGACAAGACUUUUUAUGAAGGCGUGAUAAAGUCUUAUUGUAGUAGUAAGAAGAUGCAUCUGAUAUUAUAUACUGAUGGAGAGAAAGAACAGCUUAAUCUCAUUAAAGAACGCUGGGAGUUGCUCGAGGAUCUCACUUCUGACAGUGAGGAUAUGAAGAAAGAUUCCGGCCAAGCAAGAGAAGGAGAGAAUCUCAAAUCGUUGAAUGCUGAAACUGACAGAAGAGAAGAGCAGGAAGAUGUGAACAGUCAGAGCGAGGAUGAAUAUUAUAAUGGUGAGAAGCAAGAACAGUCCGGAAACAAAAGUAAAGAGAAGCUGAAAGUGGCUGAUGUAGAAGGCGAAGCUAAGGAAGAAGAGAAAGAAGAUGCAAAGUCAGAGACUGAGAGUGAAAGAGAAGGCUCAGAGUCAGGAGAAGAGCCGGAGUGGAGAGAAACAGAGGACGAAGCAGAAGAGGUUGAUGAUGGUAAAGUGAGAAGCAAAAAGCUUGCCUGAGAAUGAGAAAAAAAUACGCUAAUGAAGAUAGAGUCUUGAAUUGGAGGAGUUUAUACUUAGGGAAUUUUUGAACAAAAACUAUUUUUUUAGAUAGAUUCGUUCUGCUCUGACUCUAUUUUUCUUUUCUCUGUUAUUGAACUAGUUUUGAGAUA